CUUGAACACGUGCCAUCAUCUCCCCCUCCUUCUCCUUCUCCCUCGUUCAUCUGCCAGUGGUUUAUAGUGGAUGCACUUGGGAUGCACUGUCCACCUCUCAACCUUACACGCGUAGCGAUCUCGCUGCCAAUCAUCUCAGCGCUGUACAAGCCGAAACAUCUUGGCAGACCCCAGUUGAUCAGAACGGGUAGCCAGUGUCACAGUACGGCUCCGAUCCUACGCCGCCUCCGUCAGUAGAGGACGACUUGGUGCAUUACUGCGAUGUCUCUUCAAUCCCUCAACCUCGAUGUCCUUGAAACCAUCCUGUCCUUCGUCGAAUCGCGAGAUGCUCUCCCGCUGAUGACUACCUGUCGCGCACUACAUGUGCCCGCGAUGCGGCGGCACUUAUUCGAAAUCACCCUCCGCUGGGACAGCCAUAGCCGCGGGUGGAAGAAGACUUUGAAGUUUUGCAAAUUUAUUCUCGACGAUCCCCAAGCCCGCGCUCCACAUCUCAGAGCGCUGACCCUCUUACCCAGCCACCACCGACUAGCCCCGCCUACCUCCGACCACCUUGCAAAAGUCAUCCGACAUGCAACUGGCUUGCGUAGGAUAGUCUUGAGUUUUGUGGACGAUAACUUCCUCGAGAGUAGUCCCACACUCGUGGAUGCACUCGCUGACGUGGAGUCACUCGAGACCAUUCGCUUCAACUUCGUGUCGACAAGAGGGGUCGCGUUACUUUCGCGUAUGAAAAGCCAGCCGCGAUCAGUCCAAUGCGCAGUCAGUGCCUACAGGCUGCCAUCGCAAGGCCCGGCACGAUUCCUGCAUAACUUCGUUCAGAGCCUGACUUUCUUGGAGCUUCUUGGCGCGCUCAAUAUCCUAGCGGUGGACACAGAACCCCAUGAUGUAUGGCCCCGAGUUCAGGAACUCACACUGCGGGAUACGGAGAUCAGAGGUGGACACUGGCAGCUCAUAUGCCGUGCGUUUCCCAAUCUUCGUACCUUACACAUGCGUGGGAUGUUGAUCGACACUACGGGCACCUGUGCGGAAUGGUCAGAGAUGGAUCUCGUUCAGACGAGGAGUCCACUCCUGUUGCGGUGCCACGUACGUUGCGUCGAGAUUCGAGCCAAUCUUGACCCUUCGCAGUACAAUGUCGCCGACUAUAUCGAGAUGCUCGGACAUACUUCGCCCGUUGCGUUGACCUGCCACUUCAAUCACCGCAUACUGGACUAUGUGCAUGUGCGACUGCAUCGCCUGCGCUUUCUCCACUUGGAGACAUACGAUUUGGCGCUACCGCGCGAGUUGAGCAGUGUAGCCAGAUGGGUAGAUGCCACACUACUGAGUCUUGCGUCGACCCUUGCCCAAUCACGGGUCCGCGCCGUCAUCGUUGAACUGCCCCAUAAUUGUACCACCAAGCGCGCUGAGCUCCUUUCGCACACCAAGAACAUCGCGUUGCACGCUCGGUGUAUGGAACUCAUCGGUCUACACCGCCGUGGCUAUGCUGGAAGUCUCGUUAGACAGGUGGGAGACCUGCGAGACUGGAGAUACUCGCUCUGCAACUGGUACCAUGUCACAUCGAGGACGACCGAUGGUACCCCGGAACUGAGUAGAGUGUCCGAGGCGGAUGUACCGGGAUUAGCUCCCCUCGUUCAAGCUUGCAAAACGCUCGAGUGA